AUGAACAAAUUCAUCUUGUUGGCACUUGCUAUGCUUUUCUGCAUGGUCAUGUUCGUUGCCACUACAACAACACAAGCAGCCAGCGCAGACACCUUGGCUGCCUCCACUUUAUGCUUCGGUUUGAAAGUGAAACGAAAUCGUCGUGCCACUUGUAUCCGAAGACACAGAAAACUCUUGAGAAGAGUUCCAAGUAAACGUAGAGCAGUGAUUAGACGUUUGUUGAAGAGAUGUCGUCGUAACAGACGUGCUGUGAAGAAAGCUUUGAAGAGAUCCAGAAAGUUGGCUCGUCGCAUUCGUCGUGUCAAGUCCAAGCGUGCAAGAAGAGCCAUCCGACGUGCUUUGAAGAGAGCUCGCAGACAAGCCAAGAAGAUUAGACGUGCUGCUAGACGUUGUGUCAAACGUGCUUCCAAGAAAGCAAGAAAGGCCAGAAAGUUGGCUCGUCGUCGUGCUAGACGUGCUGCAAGAAAGGCCUUGAAGAGAGCUCGUCGAUUGGCAAAGAGAAGAAGAGCUUUGAGAAGAAGAGCUGCUUUGAAAAGAAGAGCUGCAUUGAGAAGACGUGCUCGUCGUUUGUCCAAGAGAAGUUCAUUGGCUAAGAGAUGUCGUCGAUUUGUUAGAAGAGCUACCAAAAAGGCAGUGAAGAAGGCCACCAAGAAACUCCAAAAGAAGUUGAAGAAGGUCAAGAAGGCUGCCAAGAAGGCUGUUAAGAAGGCAAAGAAGCAAGUCAAGAAGGCCAAGAAGGCUGCCAGAAAGGCUAAGAGAGCUGCCAAGAGAAGAGUCGCUCUUAGAAGAAGAAGAGCACCAAGAAAGUGCGGAAGAGCAAGAAGAUCUACCAGAAAGGCUACCAAGAAGGCUGCUAAGAAGGCUACCAAGAAGCAACUCAAGAAACAACUCAAGAAGCUCCAAAAGAAGUUGAAGAAGGCCAAGAAGGCUGUUAAGAAGGCAAAGAAGCAAGCCAAGAAGGCAAAGAAGGCUGCAAAGAAGGCCAAGAAGGCUGCCAAGAAAAGAGCUGCUAGAAGAAAGGUUGUUUUGAAGAAGAAGGCUGCUAAGAAGCUCAACAAGAUUGUCAAGAAGUUGUUGAGGCUCAAGAAGAAGCUCGGAAAGAGAUUCAACCCAAAGAAGCACGUUCCAAAGAAAGUCCGCAAGCUCCUUAGAAAGUUGAAGAUCCAAAAGAGAUGUAGAAGAAGCAGAAGAGCUAGAAGAACCAGAAGAUGCAGAAAGGUUGCUGUCAAGCUCCCAAAGAACUUGUUGAAGAAGUUGAACAAGGUUCAAAAGAGUAAUUAA